GGCGAGCGCGGAGCCGAGCCGGCUGGGCCGGGUCCUCAGCUAGGGGCUAGGGGCUAGGGUCAGGGUCGAGGGCUGGGCCUGGGGCUCACCGGAUCCUGGGGGUUGGGCAGGCGGGGCUAGGAAUGCGGCGCCGCGAGGCUGGGAGCGGGCGCUGAGCUCGCCCUGGGUGGGCGGAGCGGAGCUCAGGGGGCGCCACAGCUGGAGGCGGAGGCAGAGGCGGAGGCGUGUAGUCAGGGCUGAGUUGGGAGGAGAACCUGGGCUGAGGUGAGGCCCAGAAGCGGGAAUUGGGGUGAGAAGGAGCAGGCCCCCACGAGAGUGUUGGGGUGGACACACUUUGAACUGGACACAUUUUCAAAAUGUCAGGCUUUUGUUGCAUUUUCUCCAGUUCCUCUUCACUAGGUUUUUCUUUUGGGGGCAACCUAAGCCCUCCCACACACUGCCCCACCUCAUGGCCUGAUUCCCUCAGGUCCAAGUGGGGCCCGAUUUUUCUUUGUCCAGCCUCGAGUCCCUGCCAUUGUGUCUGCUGCAUUUUUAUAUAUUUUUUGAAAUAAGUUCUUUAUCAGAAAUGCUGCUACAAAGUGAAGGUGCCUUGCCACUUGGUCGACUGCACAGUAUCUCUUAAGACUCCUGUUCCCCUUUGGUUUUUGAAAAACGUUGAGUCUUAGUAGGAUGUGUUUUUUCCAACUGCUCCUAGUUCAUAGAUUUGGGCACCUUAAGGGAUCUUAAGGGCAAAGAGGGUGGGGAGAAGGGGCAGAAAACCGCUAAUCCUUGGUGCAAGUAUAAGAGUGAAAUGACACUUGAUUCUUCCAUUUUCUUAACAGACAUGGCCAUUUACCAACAACCAGGGCAUGUGCAACUGCCCCGAGCUGAUGCCAUUCGUUCACGUCUCAUCGAUACUUUUUCUCUCAUUGAGCAUUUGCAAGGCUUGAGCCAAGCUGUGCCACGGCACACAAUCAGGGAUUUACUUGAUCCUUCUGGCCGGGGGAAACUUAUGUUGGGAGAUCAACACCAGCUAGUGCGCUUCUCCAUAAAGCCUCAACAUGAAGGACAUAUUUCACAUGCCGCAAGAAUGUUGAGCAGGCUUCACAUCCGCUGCAGCCAGAGGCCGCCUCUUUCCUUGUGGGCUGGAUGGGUUCUUGAGUGUCGCCUCUUCACAAACUUUAUGGUCUUCCUCAUCUUUUUGAAUACGAUUGUAUUUAUGGUUGAAAUAGAAUUGCUGGAAUCCACAGAUCCCAGACUGUGGACAUUGAAGCUGACUAUGGAGGUGGCAGCUUGGUUUAUCUUGCUUAUUUUCAUUGUGGAGAUCCUUCUUAUGUGGCUAUCCAGCUUUUCCCUUUUCUGGAAGAAUGCCUGGAAUGUCUUUGACUUUACUGUUACCAUGUUGUCCCUGAUUCCUGAGGUUGCAGUGUUGGCAGGGGUGACAACCCAGUCUGUGUGGCUCCAGUUUCUGAGGAUCUGCCGGGUGCUGAGGUCUCUCAGACUCUUUUCACGAUUCCGUCAAAUUCGAGUUAUUAUUUUGGCCCUGGUCAGAGCCCUCAAGAGCAUGACCUUCCUCCUGAUGUUGCUGCUCAUCUUCUUCUACAUUUUUGCUGUGGCUGGUGUCUACUUCUUCGAGGAGUACACCCGUUCAACAAUCCCGGACCUGGAGUUCCACUUGUUCUUCUCGGACCUGCUGAAUUCCCUAGUGACAGUGUUCAUUCUCUUCACCUUGGACCAUUGGUAUGCACUGCUUCAGGAUGUCUGGGAGGUGCCUGAAGCCAGCCGUGUCUUCAGCAGCAUCUAUGUCAUCCUUUGGUUGUUGCUUGGCUCCAUUAUCUUUCGAAAUAUUAUAGUAGCCAUGAUGGUUACUAAUUUCCAGAAUAUCAGGAAAGAGCUGAAUGAAGAGAUGACACAGCUGCAGGUUCAGUACAAAGCUGACAGAUUCAAGCGUCAGAUCAUCCAGAGGAGACAAAACCUGUCCCCUGAGGCACGGAAGUUAAGAUCACGCAAAAGGGAUGCCAGAAAAGCACAUCAAAAAGGGGAAUUUUUGGACUCAUUUGAAGUUUAUGAAGAAGCGUUUAAACACAGUCAUGACAAAGAGGGUUUAGGAACGGAUUUAAUGGUAGUUGCAUCAAAACCAGAAAUGUCCUCGUCAAAACCAGAAGCAGAAGCAUCCUUGUCAAAACUGGAUGUGUCUUUGUCAAAACCAGAUGCGUUCUUGUCAAAACCAGAAGCAGAAGAAUCCUUGUCAAAACCAGAAGCAGAAGAAUCCUUCUCAAAACCAGAAGAAGAAUUCUUACCAAAACCAGGAGCAUCCUUGCCAAAAAUGAACGAGUAUCCAUCUUCUUCUUCUGCAUCCUCCUCCAUUUCCGACUUUUCCGAAAUCAGAGAUUAUGAAUUUACUGAUCAUUUGGACUGGGAAACACUUGUGCAUCAGAAUCUGCCUGGGCUAAUGGAAAUGGGUCCAGAUGACCGUGUUGUUUGGCCCAGAGAUUCACUCUUCCGAUAUUUUGAGUUGCUAGAAAAGCUUCAGUAUAACCUAGAGGAGCGGAAGAAGUUGCAAGAGUUUGCAGUACAGGCACUGGUGAACUUUGAAGACAGGUAAAGCUGACAACGGAUGGCUUCAAUCUCUUUGGACCCGGCAAAAGAUAAUAAAGGGAGUAGUUGGAAAUAGAGAAUUCAACAUAUAAGUGUCUAAUAAAUACUGCUGGUAAUUGCUCA